UUCGCCAUCUUCUUCUAUUGCUCUCUUCACAAUAGCCAUACAACUUAGUGUAGUGAUAAUCGAAAGCGCGGUUUUUACCAUCUAAACGUUUAACUGGUGGCGUUGUUGAAGUUUAAUGGUACAAAAACAACUGUUUAAUCACAAUUACAACUGAAUCGUGAUCGAUCGAACAACGAUGAAGAUGUCUCAACGAACGAAAAAAUCCUCCGUCAAGCCAACCUCCACCUCCGGUGCACAGUCGGUGUCCUCGUCCGCUUCCACCGUGUCGGAAAGCUCGGAAACCGCUCUCAGCCCAUCCCGGCGCAGCCGGUUGCAGGAGAAAAAUAACCUCAUGAACCUGAACGACCGUCUGGUCUGCUAUAUAGAACGUGUUCGCUUUUUAGAACAAGAAAACUCGCGUGUAUCGUUGGAGCUGUCCACCUGCCAGGAUGCAGCCCAACGGGAGAUCGCAAACCUGAAAUCCAUGUACGAAGGGGAACUGGCCGAUGCACGAAAACUGCUGGAUGAAACAGCCCGGGACAAGGCGAAGGUGGAAAUCGAUGCCAAACGUUACUGGGAGGAGAACGAUCUGCUGCGAAUGAAACUGAACAAAAAAACCAAGGAGUUGAGCGAGGUGGAAAAAGAAGCUCGAGCCAACGAGUCACGGGUCAUUGAACUGACGGCAAACUACAACAGUGCUUGCUCAGAGCGGAAAAAGCUACAAGAUGAACUGCGCGAGUCGGAAAUUGAGGCGUCGAAACUGAGAAAGACAUUCGAGACAAUGCGUAAAGAUUUGGAACACGAAACAUUGCUUCGUGUGGAUUUGGAGAAUAAUGUGCAAAGUUUGCGGGAGGAGUUAACCUUCAAGGAACAAAUCCACUGUCAGGAGCUGAGUGAAAGUAAGAUGAGGAGGCAAAGCGAUCUGACUGAGAUGGAUGGACUGCUAAUGGAACAGUACGAAACCAAAUUGCAACAAACACUCCAAGAGCUUCGCGAACAGUACGAUUCCCAGCUGCGUAUGAAUCGGGAAGAAAUUUCCGAACUAUACGAUGCUCGGGUGCACAGCCUGGAAACCCGUCUAAGCGCUGAAAGGGCGGAGCACGAAGAUGAACGCUUAAAACUCGAGAAGGAAAUUAACCGGUUGCGCGAUGAAAUGUCCAUCCAACUGAAAGAGUAUCAGGAUCUCAUGGAUAUUAAAAUCUCGUUGGAUAUGGAAAUAGCGGCUUACGAUAAGCUGCUCUCGUCAGAGGAAACUCGUUUAAAUAUUACACCGAAUGUAACCAGCACAACUGCCACUGGUGUCGCUCUCAGCACGUCUUCGCGACUGUUCCGUACACCUUCACAGAAGCGCCGAAGAAACGCUCUCGAUGAUUCGCUGGAUUAUUCUGUCAAUUCUUCCGCUAAGGGUGAUCUUCAGCUGAUCGAAUGUGACCCAGAAGGAGUGUUUGUUAAAAUCAACAACAAAUCAAAACAGCCUUAUGAACUGCACGGAUGGCAGAUUAUUCGCAGGACAGAAAAUGAGGAAGUGGUAUACAAGUUUCCGAAAUCGGCGAAAAUCGAGGGCAACGCAACCGUUACCAUCAUGUCGGCUUCUAGCGGCCAGAAAGCCAGUCCACCCGGCACUCUGGUGAUGAAGGGUCAAUCGUGGGCUAUCGGGGACAGCAUGACCACCGUGCUGUUGAACGCCGAGGGCGCUGAAAUGGCCCAUGCCGAGCGGAUCAAAAUGAAACCGUUCAACUAUUCUGGCCCUCGGGAUAAGUACUUUCUCGAGGAAGGCGGAGCCCGACUGGGUGUGAGUCAUUCGCUUGCCAUCGAUAAACAGCCGAAAAGGGAUAAGAAUGAAGAGCAGUGUGUGGUGAUGUGAGGUUACCCGAUUGAGGGGUUUAUGAUAAGAUUAAUAUUUUGCGAGCAAUUUAAGUUAAAUUGAAAACAGAAAAAUGUAUAUAGUUUGAAGGUUGUGGUGCGAAAAAUUGUUUGUAUUUUUCUAAAGUGUGUAAUAAAGUUUAUCUCUUUUAUGGUAUGUCUAUAGAAAAUUA